AUGUCAACUGAAUUUGAUCAGAUUAUAAAGGAUGGGGUCAACUUAUAUUCAGUAUUAGAAAUUCCUACAGAGCCAAGAGCGAAAGAACUCUCUAAGAUUUUGCCCACUGAUAUCAAGAAAAGAUAUAGAACGUUGGCAUUGAAGUAUCAUCCCGAUAAACACCCAAAUGAGCCAGAAAUUGUUCACAAAUUUUACCAGUUAUCUGUUGCCACUCAUAUACUUACCAAUGAAGCGUUGAAGAAACGAUAUGAUACGUGGUUGAUUAGACAUUCGGAGACUUUACUGAAAAGAGAUAAUAAAGAACGUAAAGAGUUGAUCGAAAAGUUAAAUGAAAAGGAGAAACUAAAUGAAAGGAAGAACCAAUAUGAUUUAAAUGAUAUUCAAAGGUAUGGUGAGACGUUGAGGAAGUUAAAAUAUUUUCAACUACCGUAUGGUGAUUGGAAGCAUCUUGAGAUGAACUUCAAAGCUACAAAAGAAGCACAAGACAAGCAACCAUCUAAGAUAAAACACAAAUUUUAUAAUUCAUCUACGCUCAAAGUUUAUCUGACAUUGAAUGAAUUGACUAUUCCCGAAUUGAAAGAGUAUUUCAAACGUGCUUUCCAGGUGGAUUCAAUAUACGAUUUGUACGCUUCUUCCAGAAACAACGGAUACUACAAGGAAGAGGGUGAGAUGGUAAUGUACGUGGUGUUUGAUUCACCAUUGAUCUCCAAGAAGGUGCUGGAUGCCUGGAAUAGCAAUGACGGUGCAAAUAGAGAGGAUAAGACUAACAAUAUUAAAAUGCUGCAAGUUACCCCGCUUAUUAGGGUUUCCUUGUAUAACCCUAGGGCUGGUGACGAUCGUUAG